CCACCUUUCCCUGCAACUUAAUCAUUUGCAGAUCUUGCCAUGGGGUGCGGACUGAGAAAGCUGGAAGACCCAGAUGAUAGCAGCCCUGGAAAAAUCUUUUCUACAUUGAAGAGACCACAAGUUGAAACAAAGACGGAUUCUGCUUAUGAAUAUGUAUUACUGGAUUUUACUUUAGAAGCUUCCUCAAAUCCAGAAGUUAUCAAGAUCAGUUCUGUAUUGGAUAUAGCAUCUAAGGUGGAAGAGUAUUACAGCAAAGGAUAUGUCGUAGGAGCCGUUCAUCCUAUUCUACUGCCAAUUGGACGCAGAAGGAAUUUCCCUGCAAGUCACAUGUAUCGAGUGGUACUUUCACGGUUAAAAUUAAGCCAGAAGCAUGCAGCACCCAGAGGACAAAGGCACCCCAGGCUGGUGAUUGAGGAAUGUCCUUUAAUGUAUGAAACACUGACAAAUGAGGUAGUGAAAGAACUGUUAGAAAAGGUUAACGAAGCUGCUAAAAGAGGAAAGAAGUUUGUUGGAUUUGUAACACAACAUUUUCCUCAACCUAAAGCCUGUAAUGGAACAAGCACAGAUGGAAGUGCAGAGCUGGAAUCAACUCUGGGCAGAAGAAAUAGGGAACACAGAAGAAACUCUGAUGAAAACUAUAAAAACUGGCAUGAAGGGACACUGAGUGGUCACUCAUCGGAGAGUGGAAUAGAAGAAGAAAUGCAAGGAGAAAGCGGUCUGUUACAGGAUGCAGAUUUCCAGUUUGGAAAAGAAGUCAGCCCUGUUAAACCACGAAAAGGAGACGAUAAGCUGUAUACAGUCUUCAAUGUUUUUGAUGAUGAUUCUACCUGCUGGACCUAUCAUGAAGGUGUUUUGUCUAUGAAAGUAACAAGAAAGGGGCCAGUUAUUAGUACACUGGAAGCAGACUGGCUAGAAUUAACUACAUUUUAUCAUAAACAAGGAUUGUCCUUAAUUGAUUCUUUUGUACACUGGGAAACUUCUAAAGGGGACUAUUUGCCCAAAUCUUUAGAAGGAUUAUUUAUCUACGAAGAAGAAGGUGCUGGGGUUCCAGGUUCUAACAGAAAAGGAAAUGAUGCAAUAGUUGUUGAACAAUGGACAGUCAUUGAGGGAUGUGAAAUUAAAACAGAUUAUGGACCUUUAUUGCACACGUUGGCUGAGUUUGGAUGGCUCCUGACCUGUGUCCUGCCUACACCUAUCGUACGACAUGACAGUGAAGGAAAUCUGGCCACAAAGCAAGUCGUUUUUCUUCAGAGGCCUGUUAUGUGGAAUUCUGCUGUCCAGACACCAGAGGCAAGUGAU